UCUGUUCUUGCACGUGCGGGCGCGGCGCCAGCCUGCUUUGCAUUUGUAAGCAAGGCGCGCGCCGCCGUGCCCCAACUUGUCGCGCCAGGAUGGCAGGGCUGCUCACGUCCGGGGCUGCCGUGUCUGUGUGGCUAAGCAUUGCUUCGCAAUGAUUCUCGCUAUGCUAUUGCAGCGUCGCGCCCCCUUUGUGUCCCUUGACUCUGCCUGCAGCGAAAU